AACCAACUUCGAUAACUCGACCAAUACCGUCAAAAUGGCCAAGUCGAAGAACAGCUCCCAGCACAACCAGAGCAAGAAGGCUCACAGGAACGGCAUCAAGAAGCCCAAGACCUCCAGAUACCCUUCCCUCAAGGGCACUGACCCCAAGUUCCGACGGAACCAUCGUUAUGCUCUUCACGGCACGAUGAAGGCUCUGAAGGAGCUGAAGGAGGGCAAGCGUGAGACGGUGUAAGGGACGAGGGGGUCGAUAACCGAAACGAAUGAGACUUCGAUGGCGAGAACCUUUGGCGAUGCACACAUACUUUUCCACAUCAAGGACGGUUGGGGGACAUCAUACUGGGGCGUCUCUUGUGCUAGUUUUUUCCCCUCGGAUAUCGUUACGGCUAAGGUGCCACAGCCGUGAACCAAUUUGACGGCAUCAAAACGAC